CGCUCCCACUGCAAAUCACGCGGCUGCACGUUCAACGGAAAUGGAAACGAGCACGGCGCUCCAUUUUCGAUUCUGAAAUACUGACGAGCACCGCCACGCCCAGCCGAAGCACUCGCCGGAGCCGGAGCCGGAGCCGGAGCAAUUCUCUCCGAUGUAUUACGACGAAAAUGACCUUGGUCCAUUCUCAGACCCUGAUCGGUCGACACCUCCUUCAAUGGUCGACGGCCUUAAACCCUGGCGGAGGAAGGUUCUGUUGUGCGCCUUCAAGAAGGAUCUGGUCAAAGGAGAGAUUCAGGUGGCAGAGUUUAGUGACUAUGUGUCAAAACAAUCAGCAUACCAACAUGCUGAGCAGUGUCUAGCAUGCACAGUUAUAGAGAUGGCUCAGGAUUUUGUUGGCACCAAUAACAUUAGCCUUUUCACGCCCAGCGGGCAAUUUGGUACCAGGAGUACGGGUGGGCUAGAUUGUUGUGAUGCCAAGUACCUCUACACCAGAUUAGCACGUAUCACCCGUUUAAUUUUUCCAAAGGAGGACGACGUUCUUCUCAACUAUUUGAAUGAAGAUGGAAAGUCAGUUGAACCCACCUGGUAUAUGCCAAUCAUUCCCAUGGUUUUGGUCAAUGGAACUGGCAUUGACAACGAGUCAAACAGCUAUGUCCCAAACUAUAAUCCAAGAGACAUUAUCGCUAAUCUGAAAAGGUUGCUUAAUGGCCAGACUGUUGUACCGAUGGACCCUUGGUACAAGGGGUUCAAGGGCACUUUGAAGAAGACAUGUUCAAAGGCAGCGGGUGUCACGUAUACCACCGCUGGAGUUAUAGAGGAAGUUGAUGGCACCAAGCUUAAAAUUACUGAGCUCCCCAUCCGAUGCUGGACUAGCGAUUAUGAUGAGUUCCUUGAAUCCAUAUGUCCUAUUUCUGUUAUGGAAGAGGAAAAGGCAGAGGACAAGAACAAGGAACCGUCAUUUCUAGAGAAAUACCAGUCACGAUGCGAUCGUGUGAGCCUGGAGUUUGAGGUUAUCUUGAGUGAGAAAAACAUGAAUAUUGCCAAGAAAGAAGGCCUUCAGAACAAAUUCAAUUUGGAAACCACAAUAGGAACAUCAAACAUGCACUUGUCUGACUCGAAUGGUAAAAUUCAAAAAUAUGAUACCCCAGAGGACAUACUUAGAGAGUUCUUCAAGCUGAGACUCGAAUACUAUUCGAGAAGAAAGGAAGUAAUGUUGAAUAAUAUUGGGAAAGAAUUGUUGAAGCCUAAGAACCAAGUGAGGUUUAUUCUUGCUGUUAAUUCCGGGGACAUCGUAUUCAAUAACAAGAAGAGGGCAGAGCUAUUCCUGGAGCUUAAGCAGAAGGGAUAUGAACGUUUCCCAAAUAAGAUAAUUGCAGCUAAAGAACCUUUCCCAAAGAAUAAAACUAUGGCUAAAGAACGUUUGCAAAAGAAAAAAACAAUGGCUAAAGAAGUGGAUGAAGAAGAUGAUUAUGAGUAUCUUCUCGCUCUGGCAAUUGGUACCUUGACUCUGGAGAAGGUGCAGGAGCUUGUCGCACGACAAAAGAAAUUAGAGGACGAACUUGAAAGUCUGGGCAAAACAACUCCAGAAAUUCUUUGGCUGAGAGACCUUGCUGCUCUUGAAAAGGAACUGGAUGUGCUUGAUGCAAAAGAAGCUGAACAGGAGAUAAGACGUAGACUGGCAAAAAACUCCAUAGUCGAGAAGGUGCGUAAAGCAGCUCUCAAGAAACAACCUAAGAAGACGGCAGCCGAACCACAGAAGGUGCAGAUCAGUGAAACAAAUGAUAAGACUGCAGCCGAACCACAGAAGGUACAGAGCGAAACAAAUGAUAACACUGCAGCCAAACCUCAGAAGGCAAAUUGUGCUGGGAGCGACGAUGAAGAUUUUGAAACGAAACCUGCAGCACAAAAGAAGAAACGACCCAACAAGGCAAGUGCACCGGUGACAGAUGAUGAGGACGAAGCACUCGAACUAAAAGACCGUCUGGCUAUUUAUAAUUUUGAUGACUCCUCUCUAGAACAUAAUGCCAUUAAAACUGAGACUACAGAAGGACAGCAGGAAAGAAAGGAAGGGAGGAACGAGGCAAGCAAAAUAGGCACGGCAAAGAAUGCCAUGGCAUCCUUAACCGAGUUGUCUGGUGAGAACAAGGACAACAAGUUUGCCGUCGAAGAAGUGCAAGUUGAGAAGAAAAGCGGUGGAAGAAAGCCUGCUGCCCUGAAGCCAAAGAAGACUACCAACAGGAAGAGGGCGCCUGCUCAGAGCAACUCCGGUGAUCCUUCUCCUGGGAAGAAGGUGCGAAAGAUGAGUGACUCCAACAAAGAGAAUGUCUCGGUUUUGCAAAGAGUUGCGAGCGCUUCAACAGGAGCAGAAGAUGCUGAGCCUUGCCCUCCCUCCGGUAGUUCAGCUCAGCCUGUCGCACCGAGAAGGUCAGCCAGGCUUAAGCAAUCUACAUCGAUUGAUUGACGAUAAUGUCUAGUUUCUGAGAUAUCCUUUUUCCUAAUUCUCAAAUCCAUCUACUUGUCACAUUUGAGACUUGUGCAUCUGGAGUCUGCUAUUACCAUUUACAUUUCUCAAAUCCAUCUACUUGUGACAUUUGACACGGUGGUCAAGUUAAGACAUAGAUCAUCCAUCUAGUCAUACAUCUGGUGCU